AUGCGCCCGAGCAACAGUUUCUCCAAGAAUGGAAGCACGUCGUUGCUGCGCGAUAGAGUAGCGAAAGCAGUUUGUUUCGGCAACAUGAACGUAGCCACACACACUUCGCCACAGAGCGAGCGAGUAAUAGCAGCGCCCAAUCGGACGGGUGGCAGCGGCCGGAGGAAGACCGUCAUUCGUCGGAUCGAGCAGGACGAUGCCCCGCACGUCUGCUUCUCCAAGGGCCGCGUGGGGUUCUUCAGCAAGUUCAGCGAUCUGGCGGUCCUGACCGGUGCCCAGGUGGCCGCCCUCACCUUCUUGCCCGGAGGCAACGCCUACUCCUUCGGCCACCGCUCCGUCGACCCCAUCGUGGAACGCUUCCUAGUGGGGAGGGUGCGGGGGCUGGUGAAGAAGCGGACCGAGCGUGAUGAGGUCACAGUGAAGGAGCCUGAAGCGGGGGAGCCGAUAGCGGCUUGGGUCGACCCGAACGUGCGCGAGAUGGGGGACGAGGACAUGGCGGCCUUCUUUGCCGCGCUGAUGCAGGUGAAGCACGUCGUCUCCGAACGCGCCAACAAGCAGGAGCAACAGAUGCUGAUGGCGACGCUGUCUCCGGCUGAGGCGUUCGCCUCCGGGAUUAAUAUGCAGCAGCAGAUGGUGAUGGAGCUGCCUCCGGCACAGGGGGUCACCGCCGAGAUGGAUAUGCAGGAGAUGCCUCCGCCGCUGGUGUUCACCGUGGGGAUGGAUAUGGAGGAGAUGCAAAUGGUGAUUCCUCAGCCGCCAGGGUUCGACGAUGACAUGGGUAUGCCUCCGUCACCGGAGAUCCCUGCUGGGCUGGAGACGAACGCCGGCUGCCAAUUCCCGUACUAA